AAGCGCUUAAAUACUUAUUGUAGAAGAGCAACGUUGAGGUCCUGGAAGAUAGAGAAAAUAUACUGCGGAGUUAAAAGACUGUUGCCGUGUACAACAACAGUAUUUCUUACGGCAUCUUCAUUUAAUACAAAUUUAUAUGAAUUCGUAUAAUAACUUUAUAAAUAAUCAUACAAAUUCGUCGAACUAAUACGCAUGCGUUUAUCUUUCUAUAAGGACUGAACACGUUUCCACCAGUCUGCUUAAGAAAAGGAAGCGCGUGUUGAACUGCGGUCCCAACCGGCACCAUGAUGUGCUUCUUUCUCUCUUUGUUUUCUCAAAUCUUCCAGUCAGGCUGGACAGGUGUGAACGAGCGCACCUUUAUUGCUAUAAAACCAGACGCCGUGCAGCGGAAACUGGUGGGCGAAAUCGUGCAGCGCUUUGAGAGGAAAGGUUUCAAACUGGUGGCACUCAAACUUGUGCAGGCAUCAGAGGAUCUUCUUCUGGACCACUAUUGGGAUCUGAGGAACAAGCCUUUCUUCAAUGGACUGAUCCACUACAUGAGGUCUGGUCCAGUUGUUGCCAUGGUGUGGCAGGGUCUCGACGUGGUCAAGACCGCCCGCAAGAUGUUGGGUGAGACCAACCCAGCUGAGUCUCUGCCUGGGACCAUUCGUGGAGACUACUGCGUGGAUGUGGGAAGGAACGUGAUCCACGGCAGCGAUUCUGUUCCGAGCGCCCAGAAGGAAAUCUUCUUGUGGUUCAGGGAGCGUGAGCUCCAGCUGUGGGAGUGCAACCGCACACCCUGGAUCUACUGAGGACAAAAACGCCACUGCUGUGUUUCAGCUUCAUCGUCACGCUUUGGCCUCAGUCGCUUGUUCCGAUGUCUCACAAAUGCUAUAAAGUUGAAUUAUUGUCUAAUAUUCCGUUUGAACUAUUGAAAUGUACUUCCCCUUUAUAGCUUGUGCAUUUUUGCUGUGAGCAUACUUUAGGGACCUGGUUUGCAACAAAUAAGAUGUGCGCACUGCGUUUAGUUGUGUCAGUUGUCACUACUGAGCUUGCGGUCUUUAGUGCACCAGGAAACUAAGAAAAGGAAAAGCAAGAAUGUCAAGGAAAGAUUGGGAACGGCUUAUUCAAAUAGCAACAGUGAUACUAUAAGCCAAUGUUUGUCUUUGAUUGUCAUAAUUUAGUGCUUUACUGUUUGUCUAAAAUGUCCAUUGCUGAAUAAGCAGAUUGUCUUUUUAAAUGUAAAUGCAUCUUUUUUUCUUUUUUUU